UCUUCUUUAAUCUCACCAUGAAAGUUCAGAGAAAUUGAGAAAAAAAAACGAAGGUCAAAUUUGGUCAGCACAGAUUCUUACGAAGAUGGUUUCCGUGGAGGAUCCGUUACCCCAUUCGAAUUCCACUCGCUUCCCGCUCACAUCUGAUUUCUACGGUUCAUCGUCGCCGUCGGCAGCGAGGAUACACCGUCAAGCUGGCCGGUCGAUGAGGACGGUAAGAUCUAAUUUCUACCAAAGCGGCGAUCAAUCUUGCUCAUUCGUCAGCUCCGUCGGCGAUAAAUCGGGGUACGCGUCGGAGUACCUGUCGGAUUCAGUCAUCGACAUGAGGCUCGGCGAGCUCGCUUUGAAAAACAGUAAUUCACUCAAUUCAAACGCUUCUUCAGUUAAAGAGGAAGAGUUUCUCGACAUUUCUCAGGUGUUUAGCGAGUUUUCCGCGUGUAGCAGUGAUAUCUCCGGCGAGUUACAUCGUCUCGCUUGCUUGCCGUCGCCGGAUAUCGAGAGAAAAGAGAGCAUCGGAGAUAACGAAGCGCAGGAUCCAGAACUAGAGAGGGAGCCGUGUCUAGGGUUUCUACAGAGGGAAAACUUCUCUACGGAGAUUAUCGAGUGUAUUUCGCCAGAAGAUCUACAGCCAACGGUGAAACUCUGCAUCGACGGACUUCGCUCUUCUUCGGUGGCCAUAAAGCGAUCUGCUGCGGCGAAGCUACGGCUCUUGGCGAAGAAUCGAGCGGAUAACCGUGUGUUGAUUGGGGAAUCUGGAGCCAUUCAAGCUCUGAUCCCACUUCUUCGUUGCAACGAUCCAUGGACGCAGGAGCACGCAGUCACGGCUCUCUUGAAUCUCUCUCUGCACGACCAGAACAAAGCCGUAAUCGCCGCAGGAGGAGCAAUCAAAUCUCUAGUGUGGGUUCUCAAGACGGGGACGGAGACUUCAAAGCAGAACGCCGCUUGCGCGUUGCUCAGCCUGGCGCUCGUGGAGGAGAACAAAGGCUCAAUCGGAGCCUGCGGCGCGAUUCCGCCGCUGGUUUCUCUUCUGCUGAACGGAUCUUGCAGGGGCAAAAAGGACGCGCUUACGACGCUUUACAAGCUGUGCACGCUUCAGCAAAACAAGGAGAGAGCUGUCACCGCCGGAGCGGUGAAGCCGUUGGUGGAUCUAGUGGCGGAGGAAGGCACUGGAAUGGCGGAGAAGGCCAUGGUGGUUCUGAGCAGCCUAGCUGCGAUCGACGAAGGCAAAGAGGCCAUUGUUGAGGAAGGAGGGAUCGCGGCACUCGUGGAGGCCAUUGAGGAUGGAUCGGUGAAAGGGAAAGAAUUUGCGGUCUUGACACUGUUGCAGCUUUGUGCUGAUAGCGUCAGGAACCGUGGGUUGCUUGUGAGGGAAGGCGCGAUUCCUCCGCUUGUGGGUCUCUCUCAGAGCGGCAGCGUCAGCGUUAGAGCUAAACGCAAGGCAGAGAGACUUCUGGGGUAUCUACGGGAGCCAAGGAAGGAGGGAUGUUCAUCAAGCCCUUGAAAUGGAUUAGGAUGGUUCCUUUGAAUUGAACAAUGUGGAGGUUUCGUCAGUUUAGUAUGUAUAUACUGAGUGUAAGUUUGGUGGUUUUGUAUAGCGUCUUUGUGUAGACUGUUAAAGAGAGAUCAAAUGAGUCUCACAAAACUUGACUGACUUUGAUCUUUCAUAUAUUGAUGUUAAGCUAGUUUUUAAGGGUGGAAUUUGCUGAUUUGGAUUACAAGUCUAGCAUUCAGUAUUUUUUUGGUGUGUGGGGUGGAAUUUGCUGAUUUUUAAGGCAAAAAAAAAAGCUUGUAGAGUCGGCAAAUGCUUGUUCAAGCACAAAUCAAUUUUAAUCGAUAAUAUUUCUUGAUCACU